AUGGCCGCUAAUGGUGGAAUCACAAACGUAGGGGAGCAAGCAAGGAGAGUGUUUGGCUCAUACACUGCACCCAUUCCUGACUUCUAUGGGUGCAGUAUAGCUGUACCUACCAUUGGUGCAAAUAACUUUGUGCUUAAGCCUCAACUGAUCACUCUGGUGCAGCGGAAUUAUCAGUACCAUGUACUUCCGCAGGAGGAUCCCAACAAAAUCAUCUUUAACUUCCUGAAGAUCUGUGAUACUGUGAAGACGAAUGGAGUGAACCUGAGGCUGCACAUCUUUUAUGAUGGCCUUUCUGAAAUGGCCAAGAGGUCAUUGGAUCAUUCUGCAGGUGGUUCCUUACACAUGAAGAAGACGCCUGAAGAGGCGAAUGAGCUUAUUGAGAUGGUUGCCAACAACUAG